CCUCUCCCCCCGCGGAGCGCAGAUGGUCCACUUCCGGCGGGCGCUGCGCAGGCGCGGCUCGGCCGAGGUCCUUCGGGCUGGUCGCUCGCUCGCUAGCUCGGCUGUGGUUUUCUCCUCAGGAGCCGCAGGCACCCCGGACCGUCUCCAGCGAUGUUCUCUUUCAAUAUGUUUGAUCAUCCCAUCCCCCGCGUCUUCCAGAACCGCUUCUCCACCCAGUAUCGCUGCUUCUCUGUGUCCAUGCUUGCAGGACCUAAUGACAGGUCAGAUGUGGAGAAAGGAGGGAAGAUAAUUAUGCCACCCUCGGCCCUGGAUCAACUUAGUCGACUUAAUAUCACCUAUCCCAUGUUGUUCAAACUGACCAAUAAAAACUCCGACAGGAUGACCCACUGUGGCGUGUUGGAGUUUGUGGCGGACGAGGGCAUUUGUUAUCUUCCCCACUGGAUGAUGCAGAAUCUGCUUUUGGAAGAGGGGGGCCUUGUGCAAGUAGAGAGUGUCAACCUACAAGUGGCGACUUAUUCCAAAUUCCAGCCCCAGAGUCCAGAUUUCCUGGACAUCACCAACCCGAAGGCAGUAUUGGAAAAUGCUUUGAGAAACUUUGCCUGUCUGACGACUGGAGAUGUCAUUGCCAUCAACUACAAUGAAAAGAUCUAUGAGCUUCGAGUGAUGGAAACAAAACCAGAUAAAGCUGUAUCUAUCAUAGAAUGUGACAUGAACGUGGACUUUGACGCACCUCUGGGCUACAAAGAGCCAGAGCGACAGACUCAGCAUGAGGAGACGGCGGACGUGGAAGCUGACCACAGUGGCUACGUUGGAGAACUUGGAUUCCGGGCCUUCUCUGGCUCCGGAAACAGACUAGAUGGGAAGAAGAAAGGCAUCGAACCUAGUCCUUCCCCAAUUAAGCCAGGAGACAUUAAGAGAGGAAUUCCUAAUUAUGACUUUAAACUUGGUAAGAUCACUUUCAUUCGAAAUUCACGUCCAAUGGUCAAAAAAGUCGAAGAGGAUGAAGCUGGAGGCCGAUUCAUUGCCUUUUCUGGAGAAGGACAGUCUUUACGCAAAAAGGGAAGAAAGCCAUGAAUUUGGGCCCUGGGCUAAUUAGAAAAUAAAAGAAUCUAUUGCAA